AUGUUAUUCGAUACUUUGAAGCUCGUUGCCUUGGUCUCGCCGGUGGUGAGCGCUUCGGCCACCACCUACCAGGCGAAUGCGGAGGCUGCUUUCAACACCUUGCAACAAUGGUACAACCGGGACACCGGGCUCUGGAAUACCACGGGCUGGUGGAACAGUGCCAACUGCCUCACGACCAUUGGGAAUCUCGCCGCCGUGGAUGAAAGUGUCAAGGCCAACGCCACGGACAUCUUCUCCAACACCCUCACUCAGGCACAGAGGUUUAACCUACAGCAGACCAAGGUCAUCACCCAAGACUUCAACAUGCUCACCGUUCACGCGUCGAAUGUACCGACCGGGCAGUUCUCGGUGCUCGCGGUUACCGAGCCCAAAGGAUUCCUGAACGGGUUCUAUGACGACGAGGGCUGGUGGGCCUUGGGCUGGAUCCAAGCAUUCGAUGUCACAGGAAACCAGGACUACAUCAACACCGCCGUGAACAUCUUCAACGACAUGAAGAACGGCACGGCAGCCAAGUGCGGCGGCGGCAUCUGGUGGGACAAGAAACAGACGUACGUCAACGCCAUUGCCAACGAGCUCUACCUCAGCGUCGCCGCGCACCUCGCCAACCGGAUCCCCGACCAGAAGGAGAUGUACCUCGACACGGCCACGGAUCAGUGGGACUGGUUCCAGUCGUCGGGCAUGAUCAACGCCCAGAACACCAUCAACGACGGCCUCGACGACAGCUGCGCGAACAACAACGGCACCGUCUGGUCCUACAACCAGGGCGUGAUCCUCGGCGCGCUGGUCGAGCUCGACAAGGCCUCGCCGAACGCCACGUACCUGGCGAAGGCGCGCUCCAUCGCCACCGCCGCCAUGGGCGCCCUCUCCACCAACGGCGUCCUGCACGACCCGUGCGAGCCCAACUGCGGCGCCGACGGGAACCAGUUCAAGGGCAUCUUCAUGCGCAACCUCCAGAUGCUGCACGCCGCCAGCCCCGACAACGCCUACCUGGACUUCAUCGCCGCCAACGCGGUCAGCAUCUGGGACAAGAACCGGAGCCCCGGCGACGGCGGCAGCAUGCUGAGCGUCGACUGGGACGGCCCGUUCGUGAGUGUGGCGAACGCGAGCACGCAGAGCUCGGCGCUGGAUGCGCUCGUGGCGGCGACGGCCUUCCAGGGGAACCUGACGAACGGCGUCACGGGGAUUGUGUCGGGUUAA